AGUGUUGUUGAGGUACAGUGAAGACCUUGGAAAGAAACUUUUAAGGAUGCCUGAGCCGGCGAAAUCCGCUCCAGCACCGAAGAAAGGCUCCAAGAAAGCCGUCACCAAGACGCAGAAGAAGGGCGACAAGAAGCGAAAGAGAACAAGAAAGGAGAGCUACUCAAUCUACGUGUACAAGGUGCUGAAGCAGGUGCACCCCGACACGGGCAUCUCCUCCAAAGCCAUGAGCAUCAUGAACUCCUUCGUCAACGACAUCUUCGAGCGCAUCGCCGGCGAGGCCUCGCGCCUGGCGCACUACAACAAGCGCUCCACCAUCACCUCGCGGGAGAUCCAGACGGCCGUGCGGCUCCUGCUGCCCGGCGAGCUGGCCAAGCACGCCGUCUCCGAGGGCACCAAGGCUGUCACCAAGUACACCAGCUCUAAGUAAAACGGCUGGACGGGGCU